AUGGGGGCGGAAACCUCCAAGAUGGUGGACGAGAGCGUCCCGCCGGCGACGCUGGAGAAACGCAGCAUCGAGGGCAUCGUGAAGUACAUCCGGGAGAAGAAGAACUGCAAGAUAGUAGUCAUGACUGGUGCUGGCAUCAGUACGUCUGCUGGCAUCCCCGACUUCCGCUCGCCAGACACAGGCAUCUACGCCAACCUCGCGCGCCUCGAGCUGCCGUACCCCGAGGCAGUGUUUGAUAUCUCGUACUUCCGCCAGAACCCGCAGCCGUUCUACGCGCUGGCGAGGGAGAUGUUCCCGGGCAAGUACCGGCCUACGAUCACUCACUCGUUUAUACGGCUGCUACACGACAAGGGGCUGCUCCUGAAGCUGUUUACGCAGAACAUCGACUGUCUGGAGAGGAAGGCUGGCGUCCCGGGAGACAUGAUUGUCGAGGCCCACGGCAGCUUUGCAACACACAGCUGCAUCGACUGCAAGGCCGCCUACGCAGACGAGCUGAUGGCCAAGGCGAUUGCAGCCAGCGAGAUACCGUCAUGCAGCGAGUGCAAGGGCAUCGUCAAGCCAGACAUUGUCUUCUUCGGAGAGGCGCUGCCCCCCAACUUCUUCUCCAGCCGCGACCUGCCGGCCCAGGCAGACCUGUGCAUAGUUAUGGGCACCAGCCUGAGCGUGCAGCCGUUUGCCGGCCUGCCGAGCCUCUGCCGCGAAGAGACGCCGCGGGUGCUGGUCAACCUCGAGCAGGCUGGGUCGCUGGGCUCGAGGGCCGACGAUGUCCUGGUCCUGGGCGACUGUGACGGUGGUGUACGCCGUCUUGCGGACGCUCUCGGCUGGCUGGACGAGCUGGAGCAGCUGUGGGCAGAGACAUGUCCAGAGCUCGCCACCAGCAAGACGCAAGGCCCGGACGAGGACAAGGAGGCGCUAUCCAAGGACGAGCGUCUGCACGACGAAGUCGACCGUCUCUCGGCGGAGGUAGACUCGGCCCUGAAGGCGUCUCGCGAGCAUGAGACCCGGACAAAGGCGCAGCUCGAGGCUCUCCAGGAGCAGGAGAACAAGAUACAGCCCGGCCAGACGCAGGACAACGAUGAAGAGAAGCAAGAGGAGAAGCAGAAAGCCUCGGAAGACCAGCUGGCUGCGUCCAUGGCCGCUCUCGAUGUCUCCAGGGAUGAGGACAAGCUGCGGCCGGUUGAUACUGAGUGA